AUCGUUCACUCUGGCCAGAAUUAUGCACUAUCAACCAGGUCCAACGAUAUUGUUGCUGAGCUCGACUUGACCACCGCUCGGGCUCUACGAAGACUUGACGGAAUGGUAGGCGUAAAAGCAACAGCUGUCAUUGAAGUGGCAGUUGCGGCCGCCGGGCCAAAGGAACUCAGGACCAAGGGCAUUGUGCCCCUGACCAUCAACGUAUAUGGGCAGCCAUCAAAGGCUAAUGACGCUGGAGACGCACUAUCUACCAUUUCUGCUUUUCUUCAGCACCCUUUCUUUCUCGAAUCUAGCUGCAAGGGUUAUUUCAAUCCCCAGCUCUUCCGGGUCGAGAGCCAGAUGCAAGAUCUAACAUAUCUCGUUGGUUUGAAGGAGAGAGAGCUUAGGGCCAAAACAAUAUCGGAUCAGGUCGAGGAUAUUCUCGGAUCUUUAGAUGACACUGUUUUCGUUCAGGGCCCUCCUCUCCAAGUGGGCGACGAAUUGGGUGCUCUUCUCACCAACUUGACAGAUCACCAAUCUGCUGCACUCCGUUUCAUCCACCAGAGGGAGAACCAACAACACUCGCAAUGGAUGCAAGAGAGGUUGCGAAACCUGACCAACAUGCCACCAGCCCACAACAUUCCCUCAUAUUCCACCGGCGGAAUCUUGGCUGACGCGAUGGGACUCGGUAAAACCCUUACCAUGAUCUCAACAAUUAUCGCAACCUCGAGCCACGCCGAACAGUGGCGUGCCCACUCUGGGCUCCAAGAAGGCUUCUUGAGAUCCAGAACAACAUUGGUUGUUGUGAGCUCGGCACAGGUCCUCAACGUCUGGGAGUCAGAAAUUGAGAAACACGUCAAACCAACCACGCUCAAAAUAUGCAGGUUCCACGGCAAGGGACGCCCGACAUUACCUGCCAGCCUGACCGACUAUGACCUGAUUCUCACGACCUAUGCCACUCUAUCGGCCGAGUACAAGAGCCGAGGCGUCCUGCACGACAUUAUGUGGUUCAGAGUUGUGCUUGAUGAAGCACACUGGAUUCGCAACAAGGGCUCUACCCAGUUCAAAGCUGCGGUUGCCCUUCAGUCAGCGCACCGCUGGUGUCUAACAGGGACCCCGAUUCAAAACAGUCUCAACGACCUCGUCUCAUUACUCAGCUUCCUUUCUUUCGAGCCUUUCUCAUCUCCGAUUAUCUUCCAACGACACAUUCUGGAACCCCUAGCGAGAGAUCCACAAACUGGUGCCUCCAACUUGCGAGAGCUGUUACGAACGAUAUGCCUGCGGCGAGACGAGAGGCUGCUCAAACUGCCCGAGCCGAGUUUUGAACAGGUCGAGGUGACACUGCAAGAGGGAGAGAGGAUACUCUAUAACAUGAUCAUGGCGCAAUGUGCGCGCGAAAUCGACGACACUGUCAGCUCACAGGUCAAAAUCAAAAAGUACAACAUUUUGUUCACCGCCAUGACGAAGCUCCGAAGAUUGUGCAACAACGGAAUAUUGCCAACAUUGCCAAUGACCAAUGUCACUACUGAAGGCGAUAUUGGCUCCGAAGGUUGUGAGUUCUGCAGCGGAGCAGACGAGGACAAGUUCGAACUUGUCAUGCAGGAUGACAUCUGCCCCGAGUGCGGCAGCCAGCUUGUCUCAAGGGUGAAUUUGCCGUGUUUGACCCCCAAGGGGACCCAGUUACAAGCGCUAGCGCUCAUACCCGGCAUGGUGUCACCGGGGGAGAUUUUAACUGCCAACCAAGCAUCGAAUACGACCCUUUCGAGCAAGGUCCAAGCCGUGGUAAACCGCCUAAAUCAAGUCGGGUAUAGAUCCAAAAGCCUUGUCUUUUCAUCCUGGGUUACAACAUUGGACCUAUUAGAACAGAAUCUCAAGGGCAGGUGCCUGAGAAUCGACGGCAGUGUCAACUACGCCACCAGACUCCGCAUCCUGGAAGAAUUCCAGGCCACAGACGUGCCCAUCCUUCUAAUGACGGUCCAGACAGGCGCUGUCGGAUUAAACCUGACGGCCGCAAACUACGUGCACAUCGUCGAGCCUCAGUGGAAUCCCUCAGUCGAGGAGCAAGCCAUUGCUAGAGCAGUCCGCAUGGGCCAGACACGGACCGUCACCAUCAUCAGAUAUGUGGUCAAGAACUCGGUCGAAGAGAACAUUGUCCAGAUUCAAAAGAGGAAGCGAAGUUUGGCCAAAUUCACGCUGGAUAGUGCGUCGCACGAUGGAGAUGGAGCGUCUGGGACACUAGAUGAUCUCCGGGUUGUGUUGGAUAUCGAUCUGAUUCCAUGAUGGCCUGCAUGCCCCUGCUUCUUCUGUGUUGUUCUUAUUGGAGAAUCUUCAACAAAAUGCGGUAAAA